UGACCUGGAAACAUGGCCGCACAAAGAAAGACAACAAUGUAGAUACUUUCUACUUUAAAACGAGUCUACUGUCGUCCUCGCGGUGAAUAACACACCGGACACACAUGCUAAUCCGCGUAUCUCCAGACUUCUGCCCCCGGUAACAAGGCUGACCGCCACGUCCCGUGGGAGCAGCGAGCUGAAGACGCUCCUCUUCCUCCCGUAGACCAUGAAGCUCCGCGUCCAGCUGCAGUGUAAGAACCUCCACGAGUACCUGAGGGAGCUGAGUCCGGAGGUCUUGGACCGACUGUACAACCACCCGGCCACCUGCCUGGCUGUCUACAGGGAGCUCCCCUCGCUGGCCAAGAACUACGUGAUGCGGAUGCUGUUCCUGGACCAGCCGCUCCCCCAGGCGGCUCUGGCGCUGUGGGUGAAAAUAGAAAGUCAGAAGGAUCACGAUGCGUGUGUGUUGGUGCUGACAGGACUCCGCCUCUGGCACAGCCAGCAGCUGCAGGGCGGUCUGCAGGGGUACAUCCUCAACCCAGUGUUCAAAGACAACCUGAGGAUAGCGCUGCUGGGCGGGGGCAAAGCCUGGGCCGACGAGGGCAGCUCUCUGGGUCCGGACCGCCACGCGCGGGACAUCGAGAGUCUGGACCGCUACGCCAUGGAGCGCUGGGAGGUGGUCCUGCAGUUCAUGGUGGGCUCCCCCUGCGCCGCGGUCAGUCAGGACCUGGCUCAGCUGCUGGUGCAGGCAGGCCUCAUGAAAAGUGAGGCCGGGGAGGCGCCCUACAUCACGUCCGCUGGUUUCCAGUUCCUCCUCCUGGACACGGCCUCACAGCUGUGGUACUUCACCCUGCAGUACCUCAACACGGCUCAGUCCAGAGGGAUGGACCUGGUGGAGAUCUUGUCCUUCUUGUUCCAGCUCAGUUUCUCCACUCUUGGCAGAGAUUACUCGGUGGAGGGCAUGAGCGAGUCGUUACUCACCUUCCUGCAGCACCUGAGGGAGUUUGGACUCGUCUUCCAGAGGAAGAGGAAGUCGAGGCGUUACUACCCAACCAGACUAGCCAUCACCCUGGCGGCAGGAGUCACUACCACCUCCUCCUCCUCCUCCUCCUCCAUCCCUGGGACUGGAGAUGCAGGCUUCAUCGUGGUGGAAACCAAUUAUCGUAUCUAUGCCUACACAGACUCUGAGCUCCAGAUCGCCCUGGUGGCGCUCUUCAGUGAAAUGCUGUACCGCUUCCCCAACGUGGUGGUGGCUCAUGUCACCCGCGAGUCGGUGCAGCAGGCCAUCGCCAACGGCAUCACAGCACAGCAGAUUAUCCACUUCCUCCGGACCAGAGCUCACCCCGUCAUGCUCAAACAGACUCCAGUGCUGCCGCCAACCAUCACGGACCAGAUCCGCCUGUGGGAGCUGGAGAGAGACCGGCUACAGUUCACAGAGGGAGUGCUCUACAACCAGUUCCUCUCCCAGGUGGACUUUGAGGUGCUGCGAGACCGAGCUCAGGGUCUGGGCUGCCUGGUGUGGCAGGACGUGGCCCACAGGGUGAUGGUGGUGUCGCCACUCGGACACAGUGAGGUCAAGAGGUUCUGGAAACGCCAGAAGUCCAACGCCUGACUGACAUCACACCUGACUGACAUCACGCCUGACUGACAUCACGCCUGACUGACAUCACGCCUGACUGACAUCACGCCUGACUGACAUCACGCCUGACUGACAUCACACCUGACUGACAUCACGCCUGACUGACAUCACACCUGACUGACAUCACGCCUGACUGACAUCACGCCUGACUGACAUCACGCCUGACUGACAUCACGCCUGACUGACAUCACGCCUGACUGACAUCACACCUGACUGACAUCACGCCUGACUGACAUCACACCUGACUGACAUCACGCCUGACUGACAUCACGCCUGACUGACAUCACACC